AUGAGUUGGGAACUACUUACCACGCACAGGAUUCAUGCCGUACUACAUCCCAAAAGUUAUCGCGAUAUGUUAUUAGGGGUGUUUCGAGAAGCGCACCUCACCGCGAGAGGAUCCCCACAUCGGAGGGCACCAGAGCGACCUGCGCCUACGCGGACGAUGCGAAGCCACACUGAUUCACUGUUGGCAGUUGCAUUCUUCAAAGAUGGCCGACGAUUCGUCACUGCUUCACACGACAAAACCCUGCGAAUUUGUGACAUACAGAAAGGAUCAUCGGUAGGGGAGCCAUUCGAGGGUCACAAGGACUAUGUACGAUCAGUCGCAGUAUCGCCAGAUGACAAGAAAAUUGCAAGCAGUGGAGAUGAUAAAGCCAUCAUCGUCUGGGACGUUGAGAGUAAACAAAUGAUAUUCGGUCUACUGGAGAAGCAUUCAGGCUGGGUGCUGUCGGUGUGUUUCUCACCUGAUGGAAAGAGGCUCGCCAGCGGAUCGCACGAUAAAACAGCUGUCGUAUGGGAUGCCGAGACUGGCCGUAUCCUUGCAACAUUCGACGGUCAUAAUAGCUCUGUUUGCAGUGUUGCAUUCAGCCCAGAUGGACUGAAACUAGCCUCUGGGUCAGCGGAUCGUUCCAUCCGGAUUUGGAACUCCGACAAUGCCGAACUUCUUCUCGAAAUCGACGCUCACCAACAUUGGGUGCGAAGCGUCGUGUGGUCGCCUGACGGUCAGCAACUUGUCUCUGCGUCAUUAGACAAAACAGUCAAAUUUUGGAGCUCAGAUGACGGAACUCAGAUCGGUCAACCUUGCACUGGUCACGCUUACCAGUCGCUCGCCAUCUCUUCUGAUGGCUCCUUCAUUGCCACUGCUUCGGACGACAAGACUUUACGUCUGUGGAGCACAAAGACACACAAGUUGAUAGGACAGGUGCUCGAACACGCCACUUGGGUUCGUUGUGUUGCAAUUUCUCCCAAUGGAGAAAUGCUUGUGAGUGGUGAUGGUGAAGGGAAAGUGUUGCUCUGUUCUAUCAAGAACAUACUCAAGCAAUACAAUGCGGAGGAAGGGAUAUUAGAAAAUGAAGAAGCACAGAAACAACGACUCUCAUUCAGUGAGACUCAGUCGUGCAAUCACGAGGGAAACAAAGAGUCCAUUUGCAAUCACGGCAGUCCGAGCAAUAAUCCCUCGGAAAUUGACGAAGACUCUGUCAUCGACGACGUAGAAUUAUUUGACUUCCUCGCUAUACAAACGACGCUCCACGAUGCAUCCAUCACUGAUACCCUGCAUACCGCUGAAGAGCUGCUGACCCAAGAGAUUCACGCAGAUGACAACAGCUACAAAUCCUAUGCUAAUCGCUCAGUUGUAAGGGCUCGACGUGCUGAAUGGAAGAAUGCACUUCAAGAUGCAGUCAAGUCAAUUGCGAUCCAGCCUUCAUUAUUGGGCUAUAUUUCCAAGGGCAUUGCCCUCUGCGGCAAUGGUCAGCUCUGUGACGCGAUGGAAGCUUUUGAUCUCGCUUUCAUAUUUUACAAUCACAAUCCGAUUAUAGUUGAUCUUUUACUAUUAAUCAAGGCUGUUUCAAUUUUCAAUGCCAGUCGUCGCGACGAGGCAAUGCGGCGAGUUCAAGACCUGGCUACUACUUACCAACACCCAGGUAGAUUUCCGUGUAGCGUUAUCAAUUCAUAUCUACGUGCGCAGCUUGCGAUAAUAGAUUUCGAGAAUGGGCGGUACAGCGAGGCCGCUGAUCAACUCACGAUCAGUAUCAGUGGCGGGCUCUUACAUCCGACACUUUUAGAACCUAAAUUGAAGAUAUUCACGGUGCUUUUCGGUUGGGAUUUGGAUUCGUUAUGGGAAACUACCAACCAAAGACGGUGUGAUGCGCUCCUCUUGGCUGGUCGGGUGAUUGAAGCAGUCGAAUCUUUUCAAUAUAUGAUGAACAUGAUUAACGAAGCUGGGAAGGGCAGCUGCAUCGAAUGGUCUACCACCUUCAAGCAAGGUUGUACUAGGCGCUGUGUCGCGAAGGCACGCGAGGCUGUUGCUGCGAGCAAUUAUGAGAUGGCCGUAGCAUUGUAUUCGGCUGCGAUUGCGCUCGAUUCUUCAAGCGAGUCCCUGUUUGUGGACCGCAGUAAGGUAAAUUUAAAACGACAGUUCUAUGCAGAAGCCCUUCACGAUGCGGAAAAGGUCAUUGAACUCAACCCAUCGUCAUAUCUUGGUUACGAAAUAAAACAUGUAGCACUCCACAAGGCCCAACGUUAUGGCGAAGCAAUCGAGGCCUUUACUAUUAUGUUUUCCAAGUUGGACCACGAACUACGUAGGCAAUAUACUAUCAGUCCAUCUGAAGCAGAGGGCACUAUUCGACAAGUCAUUCACGCUCAACUCGAAAAUGCUCCACUUCGUCUACUCGACACCUCGGCUGGACAUUUAUGCAACCGAGAGGCACAGAUACGUACCUUCUUGGAAAGCACAGAAUACACGCAGCUUUUAUAUUCAUUGAUGGUUCAUGCACCCCUCAAAACGGAGCUCAUAACGGAGCUCAUCACAGAAGCGGUCACGAAGUACUUCAGUUGGGUCAUGUUAUCGCACAGGUGGGAACAGAAAGAGCCACUGCUGCACGACAUCCUGGACAGGGUUGUGUACGAUUUGGAUCCUGUCGGAGCCAUGGUCAAGCUACAGACAUUCUGUAAAACUGCUCGUGAUGCGGGGUAUCGCUGGGCGUGGAGCGAUACCUGCUGCAUCGACCAGCAUAACAAUGUUGAACUCCAGCGAUCAGUGAACUCGAUGUUUGUUUGGUAUCGUCGGUCAGCUCUUACCAUCGUCUACCUGUCAGACGUUUCAUCCUCAGCGAAGUCUGGUACAUUGGCAAACAGCGCUUGGAACACGCGAGGAUGGACUAUUCAAGAAUUGUUGGCUCCCGUAGUUGUUCUCUUCUACCGAGCAGACUGGACCCUAUAUCUCGACGACCGCUCUUAUAACCACAAGAUGUCUGCCACUAUUAUGCAUGAGCUGCAGAAUUCAACAGGUAUAGAUGCGUUGUCACUUGCCACCUUCCGUCCCGGCAUGAAAGACGUGCGGGGGAAACUCCAAUGGGCAUCAAGUCGUGCUACUACGUUGCAGGAAGACAUUGCAUACUCAUUGUUUGGCAUAUUCGGCAUCCACAUACCCAUUAUCUACGGCGAGACGAAACAAAACGCGCUCGGGCGGCUCAUACAGGAGAUCGUCGCCCGGUCGGGCGACAUUACUGCCCUGGACUGGAUCGGGAGAUCAUCUCCGUUCAAUAGCUGUCUCCCAGCUGACAUUACCUCGUAUAAAGCCCCGCCAUGCAUAUUGUCAUCUUUACCGGGAGAUGAGAUGUGGAUGCCUGUUUCCAGGCUGCAAGAUGUUGUCGCUGUGGAGUCAGCAACGGCACUCUAUACCCGACUUCACAACCUCAGCGCUCCUCGCUUCGCGAACUCCAGACUGCGACUGCCUUGCAUCACAUUCCCUGUUAUAGAAGUCAGAAGGAGGGGCAGUCGAGAUCGAGAGACAUGUUUUACUUAUUACGUGAAGGCAGACGGGCUUCAAGACCUUACGAUCACCACAGAGGAUAAACUGACUCAAUUCUCGCGAGCGAGGCCCACUCGGCAGACAUUCCUGCUCGCCCGCCCGUGGAAUCGUUGUGACCUCGGGCUGCUUGACUUUGAGGAUGAUGAGUCCAUCAAACCAAUCUCUCCGCCCUGGUCAGAUCGUUCACUGGGCGGCUCUCCUAGCGGAUAUCAAGAAAGUGUUGAUUCGGAGUUACCCUCACGAGCGCUACGGUUAAUGGUUCGCCUCGGGCAGGCUUUUGGGGCAUUUUUACUAGCGCAGCAGCAUGGUGGGGAGUACAAGAGGAUUGCUUCGGAUCACAAUAUCGUGGCGCAGGUCAAGGACAUAACUGCUAUUCAUGACACGAUGGACAUCAGAACGCUAGAGAUAUUGUAG